AUGGAAGCUAGCAUCCAACUCAUGCAGGUUAUCCAAGAAAUGAGGGCAGAAAUCAACAAACUACAGGAAGAGAAUCAUACCCUCCGUGUGAAGCUGACUUCAAUUAGUCAGACGGCUUCUGGCUCAGAAAAGGAAUCCGGAGAUGAAAGGGAAGAAGCAGAGUACGGACAAACUCCAGGAGCCCUUCCUCAUGGUGUUCCAACUGAUUCUCCAACAGCUUUGCAGGAACAAGGCAAUGUCAUGAUUGUCAGACGCUACUCCGUUUCUCCAGUAGUUCACUCCUGUGCAGUGAAUGACCCCUGGAAAGCUCAAAACAGACUUCCAAACAUCAUCGGAGCAUCACUGGCACGUUCUUCCACUAGAAAUCAAGACAACAGAGAAAAGAUGCUGUCUGUAGAUGCUUACAGCAGCAGUAGCUCCAGCCAGAGAGCUUCUUCUGAUCACAGUUUUGUUUGCAGGGAGAAGACAAAGACAGUCAGUUUCCAGUUACCUAAAAAUAGGUCAUCAGUUCCCAAGAAUCCACAUCCUUCGAAGUUCUCAGCAAAUCAGAGCAGAGACCAGCUAAACAUCAUUGCAGAAAAAGAUGUGUGA